AAAAAGUAGCACAUUGACUGACAGGAAGAGGUGACGUGCUGCGGUGCGUGAUUUUGAUUUUGAAUAAAAUAAAAUACGAAAUUACAACUAAUAACUCUAAAUUGAAUAACAACAGCCUUAUAGUUAAUGCUCACCUGACAAUAAACGCAACCAAGAGAACACAACAUGUCUUCUGCUUCUAAUAAUACUGAUGACAAGAAUGAAAAUCCUAAACCGGAGAAUCUGAAAAGAUGUCAUGAAGAUGACGAUAGCUAUGAACCACCGAAAAAAAUCUCUGCAGAACACAGUUCGGUAGUAGCAGCACACUAUAACCACUUGGAGGAAAAAGGCUUGAGAGAAAGAUUUAAUUCGCCUAUAUAUUAUCUCAGAAACUUUAACAAUUGGGUCAAAAGUGUACUUAUACAAGAGUAUACAGACAAAAUUAGAGAAAAAGACUAUGGGAGAUCGUUAAGAGUACUAGAUAUAUGCUGCGGCAAAGGUGGUGAUUUAAGUAAAUGGCAGAAGGCUAGAGUAGAGCAUGUAGUUUUCGCUGACAUAGCUGACGUAUCAGUCCAGCAGUGCCAGACGAGAUAUGAAGAUCUUGGCGCACGGUCACGAGGCGCCCGUCUAUUUUCCGCCGAAUUUAUAGCUGCAGAUUGUACUAAAGACACACUUAGGGAUAAAUACAAAGACCCCUCUAUAAGUUUUGAUAUUGUAAGCUGCCAAUUCGGACUUCAUUAUAGUUUUGAAAGCUUACCUCAAGCAAAAAGGAUGUUAACUAACAUAUCAGAGUGUUUAAAACCUGGGGGUUAUUUUUUUGGAACAAUUCCUGAUGCAUAUGAAAUUGUCUCACGAGCACAAAAAUCCAACGGAUCAUUUGGGAAUAGGAUAUAUAACAUUAAACUGCUGUUUGAUGUUGAACAAGGCUAUCCUCUUUUCGGUGGGAAGUAUGACUUUCAUCUAGAAGGUGUUGUAGAUUGCCCUGAAUUUUUAGUUAAUUUUAAAUUAUUUACUAAAUUAGCAUUGGACUUUGGCUUGGAGCUAGUAUACAAAGCAAGAUUUGCAGACUUCUAUAAAGAUCACUCUGAAAAGUACAGACAACUUCUUCAAAAGAUUGUUUGCUUUGAAAGUUAUCCACCACCACCAGGAAAAGAGCUUAUUGCUGACGAAACAGAGUAUGAACAUGCAAAACAAUGCUGGGAUGCCAAGGAUAACAAGACUGAGCGGGAUCGAUUGGGCACUAUGAGCUCAUGCGAAUGGGAAGUUGCCACUGUAUACAUGGCCUUUGCAUUUCGAAAACUGAAAAAUACAUGGGAUGCAAAUGGAAAGCCUGUGUAUGCAAAAUCAAAAGAAGAAAGUCAAUCAACAAGUAAAUGACUUAAAUGAAUUGGAGGACUACAUCCUUUCUUUAGUAUAAUUUUGUAAACAGUAAGCAAGAUAUAGUUAUUAAGUUUUCUCAAUUUUUGUACUUGUAUAAUUAACUGCAGUUUCAACUGAGUCUUGCAAUUUCACAAACAUUCACUUUGAGAGUUACAGUGAUUUUGGAUUUUGAUUUGUAAAUAAUUUUUGAUUGAUAAUAAGUAAAUAAACAAUAAUUCAGACAAUUCACGAGAA